UUGUUUUAAAAAAAAAGAAAAAAAUUUUACCUUCCCGCAACCGCAAACGCUAGCUAGAGCAAGCUUUUGAAUUUAUGAGAUUCGGAGCGGUUUAAAACGGUUUAGAGCUAUUUGAGUGAUUUGAGUGAUUGUUGUAAACCGCCGACAACCGCUACCAACCGUAAAAACUGCGUUUGCGGGUGGUAGCGGGAAAACCAGUCGCCCCUAAGAAGACAAAAUUAUUUUUGUUUCAGGUUAUUUUGAUUAUUGUUAAGAUAUAAAAAAACAAAAAAUGCUAUAAAAAACUGAAAUUAAGUCUCAGACAAACGAAUACAAAGAAAGAUCUCUGGAAGUUCCAAAUGAAUGAUGAGCUUCAUUCCAAAAAAUAAUUGAAAAAGAACUAAAAUCAUAUAAAAAUUUAGUUGUUAGUUAGACAUACAUAUUAUAAGCUUCCUAGUCAUAGAUGUUCAAUUCGAAUAAAACAAAAAUAAUAUAUUCAAUCCAAAAGAAAAUUGAAUUGGAAUCGACGCAGGUUUAAUUUGUUCAUAAUAAUAUUACCACUAAAAUAUAACAAUUAUAACUAAAUCCAACACAAAUCCAAAAUGAGAACUUCACUUCCGACAAUUUUUUUUAAAGUGUUUGAUUAAUUAGACUUUCGAUUAAAUCCUUACGAAAUUGAUAUACUGACUAAUCUAUUUUACUUUGGUCAAUAGCUAGUUGUUUUAAGCGGACAGAAAACAAAUUUUAACUAUAUCGAUCUCACCGAAAUCCAGAGUCACUCAUAUAUUUGUCUCACAAGAUAUACGUAGUCCAGUUCUUUAUUAAUUAAUCGAUGGAUAGUUAAAUAUCAAGUUAAUUGUGUAGGCUCAUCCUCCAUGAAGCAUGCACACUUGUAACAUUUAUUGUCCUGAUGGGCAAGUAAACAUUCUUACUUACAUGAAUCACACCAUAAUUUUUUGAUAUUUCUUUAGAUUUUAAAGGCCAUAGACAUAUGUACUUAUGUAGUCAUCAUGCUUAAAUGUCUGUUGAGACAUGCAUCAUAAAUAAAUGAAACAAGGCAAAACGAUUAUUAUACUAAAGGAAAAAGAUACUUUAGGUGCAUUAUUAAUCCGUCAUGAUAAUAACAGCCUAUCUUCAUUUUUCAUGGCAUUUGAUAAACAAUUUUUGUUUUUGAAUUCAUGUGAUUAUCGACUGAAAUUUAGUCAAUCCUAGGAAUAUAUAAGAAGAAAAUAUCAUUUUGUCAUGUGACAUCUAUAAUAGUUAAUCAUUUUACGAAAUCAUAGUAGAUCUACGUUUGUCAUGUCAUAAUCUUUAUAUGUAUAAUGAUGAUGUCUUUCAUUUUAUUUUUGUAAACGAUUGGAAGAUACUUCAAAAUUUCAAGUUUAUAUGAGCAACUUUUUUGUAUCCUAUGAUAAAGCUAGCAAAAAAUAUCAUAGAAAAACCGGUGGCCCUCGAAAGAAAGAAAAAAAAGGUGAAGCAAUUGGACACGCCACGCCAUAUCUGACUCAGGAAUAUUCACACUUUCUCACUAGUCCCAUAUUGUAUGGUUUUCUUCUCUUAUAUGGUUAUGGGACCAAUCGGAAUAUCGGUUUUGUAAAAUUGUAAUUAUAUUAAGAUAAACACACAAUGUGCCUCAUAAUGGACUCAAGAGUAAGAUAUAUACCGUAACUUGGAAAUCCAAAUCAAAUUAAUGAAGGUUUUUUCAGAUUUAGUGAAACUGUACAUGUGGUUAAGUAAUAAUCUUGUGUGGAAUUUACAUAUCAAACGAACUGGUCUUCAUAGGCCACCCAACCGGUUAGGCAAACCGGCAUUGGUUGUUGUGGGACUUGCAGCUUUCUACGCGUUGGCCGUUGACUUACUAUUCAAUUCUUAUUACUCAAGUCUUCUGUACGGAUAUUACAUCCUUUCUCAAUGUAUAUUCGGUGGACUAAAAUGUUUUAACUGAUGUACGAGCCUGUAAAAUGGUAGGGUUUUUAAGCGUUCAAAGCGGUCCAAAUUCACCUAAAGCUUAUAUUGUCAUCAUUCAGAAAUAGUGUUCGAACGCAACUUAUUACUUGGUGCAGCUAUGAACGAUUUUUUGUCUUUUUAUUAACCCCAUCUCCAAUAGAGGGUCAUCUUUUUCUCUAUAUUUUUUUUUUUUUUGCUAACCGAGUAUCCUGGCCCCACCGAGGUGGUCCAGACUAGAGACCGAAGUGAGCAAGGACGCUGCCAGGGCGUCACCAUGUGGCUCACUGUGUAACAGUCUUCAGUCUCGGAUGCUGCAGCCCAUAUGUAAAUUCCGCAGUGGCCAAGACUCGAACCCAGUGGCGGGCACUUUACACUAAAAUAGAAUAACUUUAUAAUAAAAUUGAAUUUGCUCCAAUAGUUUACUUUAUAAUAGAGUAAAAUAUAGAAAAAUAUUGUUUUUUACUCUAUAUUUGAAGUAAACAAAAUAACAUUCAUUUAUAUUUCACUAUAUUAUAGUGUAACUCUAUUAUAGAGUAAAUCAUUGGAGCAAAUUCACAUUUAUUAUAUAGUUACUCUAUUUUAAUAAAAUAUAGAGCUAUUGGAGAUGCCUUUAUUAUUCGCCGUCACAUCUUAACAGGUGCCACUCUGUUUUUCUUUUCAUCAAAAUAUAUCUAUAAUAUUUAAUUUAAAUAAAGUUUUUGAAAUGUUAUACCGUAAAAUCUCAAAUUUCAGUAGAGUUAACUAGAAAUUCCACAUUAUAUUUGAUAGAACUCUUUUGAAAAUUUUGUGUAAUACGUGUUACUUGAUAAUACUAUCAAAUUAACGCUUAUAACUUACCAACGGUCCCAUCCAAUGUCUCGGAGGAAACAAGUCAUCGGCACUGUUCACCUGUUAACUUUUACUAUGACAUGUAUAUUUAUACUUCUAUUUCCUUGGUAGCUCAGUGUUGUCUAUGAUCCGUGUUCUCAAACAAAUCAUUUGUCUGGUUACAAGAGGUAAUUUUGUAAGAAAAGAUUAUACUAAAAAUAAAGAUGUAUCCACCAAGGUGGUUGUCAAAAUGUUAUUGCACCAUCAUUUUGAUUAUAUAGAAUAUUUCUGGCUGGAAAAUACUUAAAAAAAUUAUGUACAUAGGAAAGUUAGUUGUGAUUUUUUUUAUCUUAAUAACAUUUCUAUGCUAGAAUAGUUAUUCAUUAAUUUAUAUUCUAUAACAAAUUAUGGAUAAUCAAUAUAUAGAUACUGGAUUUGCUUGAGGAAUGAGGACAAAUAUAAUAUCUAUUGCAUCGCCUUUUGAAGAAAAGAAACAUGCGUGUGAUAAAAAUGAGAAAAUGCUGCUACUGCUAAACAAUCAACUUCUAGUAUUAAAAUAAUGUAUUAAUCUCAAAACUCCAAGCAAAUUCUGCCGACCUCUUCACUCUUUUAUUCAAAAGAUGAAAAAGUCAUGUGAACGCACAUUACACACUCGACUUUCACUAUGUGGAGAUGAUCUCAUUGGUGGACCCAAAUUAAUGAAGAGUUCUUUUUCUUGGUCAAAAAUGAAUGAAUGAUGUUCUCAUAUUUUGUUGUUUUAUCUAUUUAAAAUACCCCACAACUUUUUAAAAAUAUGUUUUUAUAUUUGCAUAUUUACAUAUUCUCUAUUAAGAAUAACAAUAUAUAUAUAUAUAUAAAUUUAAAUCGAAAUAAAUAAUUCUACAUAAAUUUUAAAAUAAAUAUUUUUUUGUUUUAUAUUUUCCAAGUAAUAAACACAAGAUAAUUUAAAAUUAUUAUUAAAUCUAUUCCAUAAAAAGAGAUGAAGUUUAAGAGUCCAAAUCAAAUGAAAUAAGUUUCUAAUUGUAGAAUUUUUAAAAUAAUAAAUUUUGGUAAAAACAAUAUAAAUAAAUAAAAUAUUUUACUAAAAAAAAUUGGUCUCAAAUGAUUUAGAUGAAAAAAAGAGAGCAAAAACCACUACAAUCAAUAAAAAACCACCGUAUAUACCCAUUUAAUUUUUAAUAAAAAAAGUUUUUUUCUACCCAAUAUAUUAAUGUCACAUGUCUUGUUCUUACUUUUAUUGAUUCAACCGGUUGAAUUUUUUCAACCAUGUUUAAUCCUGGUCUUCUUUUAUUUUUUAUUCAACUCACCACUGGAGUUGUUGAAUAAUUUCCCAUUGCAUAUAAUCUUAGCGAGUGCAACUUACCCAGAGAACUUACCUAAUAAUUUCCUUUCAUUUGCCUUACAAAAUAAUCAAAAAUGAAAAUUACUGAGUGCAUAGGCACCCAUCAUAGGCUAUAACUGGUUACCAAUCUAAAGAAUAUCAUGAAUGAAUGUAAUUAAAAAAAUGGAACAUAGAUGAAUGGAAUAUAUGAAGUUAUGGAAUAAGAAAAUUGAAUUUCAUUCCAUUCAUUCUACUUAUUCAUGAACUUUUUUAAUCAUGAAUGUUUUAUAACUACAUUUCAUUGUUUUCCAGACAUUCCAAAAAGAAUUAUUGGAAUGAGAUUUGUUUUUUGUUUCAUUCAAAUGGUAAAAAAAUUUGAAAUUUGUAGGAAUAAGCCAUUCCAAACAAUUUCAUUCCAAAAACUUUUAAUCCAGUUGCACCCAUAGUCUUCUACUUGCCUUCACUCCUAGUUUGAAUUGAGCUAGAACAUAUGAGCUGUUUUAACAAUUUUCUCGCCGUUGUCCUCUGUGUUUGUUACUUCAUUUUGCAUGAGCCUUGACAGCUUUUUUUUAUCAAGAGCCUUAACAGCUUCUGCAACAUUUACUGGGCCUAAUUUUGGAUUAUGUUAAUAAUAAGAUUCUAAGUUUUUCUUUAUUCACAAGUCAAAUUCAAUCAGUGUUUAGUACGUUUAAACUGAAAAUGAAAUUGAAAUGGGAGUAAAACAAAUUAAAUGCCAUACGCAUGACACAGUCGAUACUGUGAUUUUAAGCCCAUAUAUAUAUUGAUAUAUCCAUUUUGCACGACAUUAAAGCCCAUUAGAGAUUAUUAAAAAGCCCACAAUAAACGAGUAAAAUAAGCUUUACGACAAGGCAGCCACCGUGUUCAAUCCCGAGCCUCGCGUCGCGAAACCAUGGGAGGAGGAGGAGCACUCGCGAACCACAUUUUCGUGUACGGAACGCUGAAAAGAAACCACCCGAACCAUUUCCUCUUAGAGGAUCUCAUCUCAAAGAACGACGCCGUUUACGUCGGCCAACGCACGACCCGGUUAUCGUACCCGCGCACGGGUCUCUACGGGAUCCCUUACUUGAUCAACCAACCCGGGUCGGGUAAACGGAUCCGCGGCGAGCUUUACUCGGUUUCAAAACGCGGGCUUGUGAGGCUUGACGAGUUGGAAGGGAUCAAAGUCGAGCACUACGAGAGACUGCCGGUGGAAGUGGUUGAGGAGGAGGAGGAGUCUAACGGCGUCGUUUUGGCGGAGGCUUACUUUGCUCAUCGUAGGUUCGGUGAGAGAUUGUGGGAGAAGAGAGGAAAGCUUGGGAUGUGUGAGUUCGGUGUAAACGACCGCGUUUUGUAUGUUAGGCCCAAGGAUAGGCCCAGGUUUAGCUCUGUUAUUGCUGAAAUUGAAGCUUUUGUGUCUUCUACUAAUGAUUGAUUCCUAGCUCAAAAUUUGAUCUUUGCUGCUCCUUUCGGAGUAAAGAUCUCUAUAUUGUAAUAAUUGGUUGCUUUAAGUGAUUGUGAUUAUGUUUAACUCUGUUAUUGUUUAGAUGAUUCUGGUUUAGAGAAUUUAACAGUACAUUG